AUGACGCCUGUGCCGAGCGAUGUGGCUAGCGGCCUCGGGAAUAGUAUCACGGCUUCCGAUGCCACUGAUGUUCCUGGGGAUUUUGCGGAACAAAUGGCCAUUAAGACAGAGUACUUAACAAGAGUGGAUGCAGCCCUUUCAGCUUCUGCUGAGGCGACCGGACCGGAAGUCAUGGAACCCCUGCCGCCGCCUCCAGCGAAUCUUGCUGGGACAAGCAGCGCAUCUGGAAAGAGUUAUCGCGUCACCGUUAGCAACAAGGCUGGAUACCUCUGUCACGUCCACGUGGAGGCCAACUGGCCUGUCACGCCUGAAGUUACGUUCGCUAUCUUCACACACCCAGAUCACCGGCACAUCAGCUCACCGAUGGCUAUCCUUGCCCGUCGACCCUUUAAUAACAUGGGCCUUGCAGAUAACUCGGCGCUCUUUCGCGACGUCAAACGAGUUGGUGCUCGCAGGGUCCUCAAGGCCGAGCCGGGGUACAAGGAGGUUGAGGUGGAGCAACUUGGCGACAUCAAAGUGCUAUGGAUGCACAGAACAUACAGCACGUGGCUUCGUGUGGUUGAAGAUUCACGCGACCCGGAGUGCUUGCGCAUUGCCUUUGACUUGUUGAAGAGCGAUGUCCUCGGCAAAUUCAGCGGUCGCUGGGAGCUGCGUCCGGUUCGCGACCCCGUCAGUGGACUGGUGGUCCGUUCCGGACACGCCAAUGGGCGCACGACGGAGGCCGUACUUCGGGAGCUCUGUGGUGCCGUGUCUGAGGUUGCGCACGUGAACGGGGCUGUCGCCAGCUUUGCAUUCGACCCAGCGGGAUCUGACGACGACGGCGAGAGCGAGGAGGAGGGCGAGGAGGAGGGUGAGGAGGUGGCCGCUGGCGGCGGCAGCAGCGAGGUGAAGGCGGACCGGAUAAGCGAGGUGAAGGCGGACCCGAGGAGGGUGGCCGCAUGUCGGCUGCUGGGGUGGCGGCCGCUGGGCAGCAAGGGCUUGGGUGAGUGCGUGAGGGGGCUAUGGGGCGAGGCUGAAGAUUCAGGAGCUGAGCUGGUGUCGGCGCGAAGGGUGAGGGGAUUGACUGCGCGGCAAUCCGGCGGCGCGGAAGGCACCGCCAACGCUUCCGUCCCUGUGGUGGCGUCAGCACGGACUGACAAGGAUGCCGUACAGCAGCUGCUGAGGACUUCCUGA